GUUGUAACGCUAAAAUCUGCCAUCAAGGUAUGUACUGUCAUUAACGGGGUCUUAGCACUAUGUAAAAGGACGAUAGUGCUAAGACCCCGUUAGUGACUGUACAUACCUUGAUGGGAGAUUUUAGAGUCACAAGCCCAUGUGCAGCUAUAAAUGUUAACGUGAACCCUCAGAGUUGUUUUACAAUACGUAAAUCCGUAAAUGAAGAAAAUUGGCCUGUGUUCCGCUUCCCGCUCCGGUAACUGAUUCAUGCGGUGCUGCUUGUGAAGAAACCCCGCCUUCGUGCUGUGGUAGGGUUGUAGAGGAACGGCCUCGAGUGAAUCCCCGCGUGCAGUGUGGCCUGCAAGCACACUCGGGGGAACAGAGCGGGUGGCGACAUCGUCAAAAAGUGUCGUCUGCUCGAUCUUCAUUCAUUUCUUCACGGUCGCUGAAUGCUUGGGUUUAUGCACUUUUGUUUGUUCUGUACUUGGAUAUACUUGGAAUGAAAAAUUCAAUUUGGAAAUACUGAAGAUAUUCAAAGGUGGCUGUUUAACAUGGAGACAAGAGGGUUAAUUUAGUCCGGAUCAAGCUACGUUAUGUGGGAAGUAUUAUAACAGCAAUCGCGACCAUGGCAUCGGACGUAUUGGUGUGUCGUCUGGUGGCGAUAUGUAUCGUCUGCUUCACUGUUGUCGUCUGCCAGCCGACGGUUCAGGAGUUCCGGUGGUCGGAGACGUGUAGUCAGACAAGGGACGAAGAUUUCAGGGACGCCUUGGAUUUUAUACUGAUAGAACUAAAGCGGCAAAACCACGAAAAUCGUCAGUUGAGGUUGGAAGUGGACGACCUGCGUCAGAAGACGACCGAGCAGCGUCACCUGUUGUUGCAGUUGUCGGAGUCGGUGACGUUGUUGGUGCGGAAGCUGGUGACGGAGAACCAGACGUGUGUGUGUGACACUCAAAGCGACGGGCAUCUUUCCGUUCUUGAACCCUGGCCACAGGAUACCAUAGUGAUAUCAGAGGAAGAGAAGGACACGAAACCUCCACCUGAGACGACAUCAACGACUACACCUACGACGACGACAACGACGACAACAACUACAACGACACCCGUCCCAACGUCACCAACACCGGACCCCUUGUUGGCAUUGUAUGGCGGAUAUGUUCCUACAGAUUGUGAAGACGUUCAGAGUCUGGGAUUCUCCACCAAUGGGACCUACCACAUCAGACCUAAUGGUUCCUCCAUCCACUUCACAGUCGUGUGCGAGUUCCACGUCGACUCCGUGUGGACCCUCAUCCAACGUCGGAUUGACGGCUCCCUCAACUUCUUCAGGAAAUGGGAGGAAUACAAACACGGCUUCGGAAACAUGUCCUCGGAGUUCUGGCUGGGGAACGAAAAAAUCCAUCUCUUAACCCGCCAGAGGGCGUACGGGUUAGGUAUAGACAUGUGGGACUGGCCUGACCCAAGCAAGGAGGACGAUGUCAGUACGCACUACUUCUCACAUAGUAGUUACUUUCGGGUUGACAAUGAGACGUCUCACUACAGGCUACACGUGCCUCAGGACUACUUUUCUUAUACGGGUUUUGGCGGAAGUGGACUUAGGGUCCAUGCGGGGCCUUUUCUGACCUACGACCAUGUGACACCGCGCAUGCGUGGUAACUGUGCAGUGAAGUUUCAUUGUGGCUGGUGGUUUUCCACGUGUGUUCGGAACGCCAACUUCAAUGGCCGCUACUACAAAGGCGGCUACGAAAACGUGAGCAGCAGGACUAGAUCGAGGGAUGAUAUCUAUUGGCCAAACAUUGAACAAUCCUUACAAAGGACGACGCUUAAAUUACAGAGGGUGAACGAAACAGUGGUAGAUUUAUUUUCGUAGUGAAUGCAUGUGUUUAUCUACAUCCGUCCGUGAGAGGUUAUUUUGUAUUGUCAUGUAUGAGUGUUAUUUGUAUAGCAAAUAAAUAUAUCUAUAUUACACCCAC